CCAUUAAGUAAUAUUUGUGUUUCGGGGGAAGCAAUUCAUUGACGUUCUAGUACUGGAAUUUUACACCACUCGUGUCGCUAAAGCUAACAAGACUCUUAGGCAUAUAAAGAAUGACCGAAGCCUCGGAAAAUCUGCAGAACUACGAGGACCUGUUUGCAAACAGAUUUACAUCUGAGGAUCAUGAAUACCAACAGUAUCUGAACCGCCCUGCUGACCCUCCACCCAUUGUGGAGGACUGGAGGGGGCGUGGUGGGGGAAACCAGAGAGGCAGGGAUAACAGGUACCAGGAUCGUCGAGCACAUGGAGAUCGUGGGUGGGGAGGAGGCAGAGAUUGGGGAGGAGACAGGGGUUGGCGAGGGGGCCAUCGUGGGCAGCACUGGCACAACAGAGACCGAGACCGCUACAGUGGGCAUGGAAGUGGUUAUCAGUCAGGGCCUCCGAGCUCCAACCAGGGUUACAACUCCUAUCACCAGAGACCUCGUCAUGACCGCUACUGACAUCUGCUCUAAUCACCCAGCUUCUGUCGGUAUUUAUAGUAUUCACCGUCGUAUAACUUGCGUUGCAAUACUGUGUGCAGCUGAUAUUCUUUGUAUAGUUUAAAUGCCACCAACUCUUACUGUAAGGGCGGGCUGACAAAAUGUGUCAGUGUUAUAAAGUCUUUCUCAACUUCAAUAAAUGUACACUUUACUCAUGGUAAUGACUCUUGUUGAGAACAGAUCUUCAGUUCUCAGUACUGGAACUCGUGUUGUAAAGAAAGCUGAAAAGUCAUUUUUAGUAUUUGUAGUAUCUUUUUCUUAAUGGCUUAAUGUCACAUUAUGACAGGCGAGUAGUCCUAUCUUCAAAUUAUUUUAUAACUAGACUUCUGUGUGCUUUGAUAUUACAUAAAAAUAUGCUGUGUUUAAACAAGAAAUGAAUCUGAGUUUCUGGAGCAAAUGUCUUUGUAAUGCUGCUUUAUUUUUCUGUCUCAAAACAGACAAUUGAAAUCAACUUCUGAUAAUAAACAUGUAUUUUCUUAAUCAAAUGGCUGUUUUGUUAGGUUACAGUAUGUAUUCUAAUAUUAAUUGGAGUUUAACAUUGUCAGUGUGAAAGUGACAGUAAUUAAAUUGAUGUUUUGGUGUAAUUAUCCAAUGAUGACUAUUAUUCCUGUUAAGUCAAGUUUUUAACAAAAUAAAUAUUCUUUCUUUUGUUGGGAGGUAUGCAUGUAGUGAAUUUGAGUACAAUAGCAUUUAUAUGAAGUCAAGUGUCCUGACUAAUUAAACAUUUUUAGUGGAGAAGAAAAAAAUAUCUGCUUCUCAAGCAUUUUGUGAACAGAACCUCCAAAAGAGACCAUCACUGGUCCACCCGGCACUGUGAGCAAUUUUGAUUCU